AUGUCCCCAAGCAAAAUUCACCACUCGGCCGAACAAAAUAUCAGAAGUGAAUUAGGCCUUUCUGAGGAAGUUGUUACAAUUAGACGUAAUGCUCCAGCUGCUUUAUUGUAUGAAGAUGCUUUGAAGGAAAGAGCCACUGCAAUUUCCAGUGCUGGCGCUUUGAUUGCUUACUCCGGUGACAAAACUGGUAGAUCACCACGUGAUAAGCGUAUCGUUGAAGAAGAGACUUCCAAAGAUAACAUUUGGUGGGGUCCAGUAAAUAAACCAUGUUCUGAGAGAACUUGGGAAAUCAACAGAGAACGAGCCGCUGACUACUUGAGAACAAGAGAUCAUAUUUACAUUGUUGAUGCUUACGCUGGUUGGGACCCUCGUUACAGAAUUAAGGUCAGAGUCGUUUGUGCUAGAGCUUACCAUGCAUUGUUCAUGACCAAUAUGUUGAUUAGACCAACGCAAGAAGAGCUAGAAAACUUUGGAGAACCUGACUUCACAAUUUGGAAUGCUGGCCAAUUCCCUGCUAACACACACACCUCCGGUAUGACAUCUAAGACUACCAUUGAAAUCAACUUCAAGCAAAUGGAAAUGGUUAUUUUGGGUACCGAAUAUGCUGGUGAAAUGAAGAAAGGUAUCUUCACCGUUAUGUUCUAUUUGAUGCCUGUCAACCAUAACGUACUUACCUUACAUUCCAGUGCUAACCAAGGUAUCACUGAGAAAGAUGUUACUUUGUUCUUCGGUUUGAGUGGUACUGGUAAGACUACCUUGUCUGCUGACCCACAUAGACUGUUGAUCGGUGAUGAUGAACACUGCUGGUCCGAUCAUGGUGUCUUCAACAUCGAAGGUGGUUGCUACGCCAAAUGUCUGGGUUUGUCAGGAGAAAAGGAACCUGAGAUCUUUAACGCCAUUAGGUUUGGUUCUGUUUUGGAAAAUGUCAUCUACGACCCAAACACCAGAGAAGUUGAUUAUGAUGACUCCUCAAUUACCGAAAACACAAGAUGUGCUUACCCAAUUGAUUAUAUUCCAAGCGCUAAGAUCCCAUGUAUAGCUGAAAGUCAUCCAAAGAACAUUGUUCUUUUGACAUGUGAUGCAUCUGGUGUUCUACCACCAGUGUCUAAGUUGACACCAGAGCAAGUCAUGUACCACUUUAUCUCUGGUUAUACUUCUAAGAUGGCGGGAACCGAAGAAGGUGUCACUGAGCCAGAAGCAACCUUCUCGUCUUGUUUCGGUCAACCAUUCUUGGCAUUACACCCAAUGAAGUACGCUACCAUGUUGGCUGAGAAAAUGGCCGAACAUAAUGCAAAUGCUUGGUUGAUCAACACUGGUUGGACUGGUUCUUCUUAUGUUUCUGGUGGUAAACGUUGUCCGCUAAAAUACACAAGAGCCAUCUUGGAUGCAAUUCACGAUGGAUCUUUGGCUAAUGAAGAAUACGAGACUCUACCUAUCUUCAACUUGCAAGUUCCAAAGGCUGUUGGCGAUAAGGUUCCUCCUUCUCUACUAAACCCAAGCAGAAACUGGGUUGAAGGUGAAGCCAAGUAUUUGUCAAAGGUUAAGACAUUGGCCGGUUUGUUCGUAGAGAACUUUAAGACUUACCAGGAUAAGGCUACCUCCCAGGUUUUGGCUGCUGGUCCUCAACUAUGA